AUGGAUGAGACGCACAAGAAGUCUCUGAAAGAGAUCUCAGACCACUUUGCGAAGCUCCAGGAAUAUAUCGAAGAGGCUCCACACCGCAUCAAGGUGGGUUGCUUUGCUGGUGGUGCAGCUAUUGUGCUGAAUGGUCUCUUGAGCGUAAUUGAUAUCUUUGAUGUAUUGGAUGAGCCGAUCUACUAUGUGGUGAAUGCCUACAUGGUCUUUUUCGGGGCCGUCACUAUGGUCACAGAGAGUGAUCCCUCCUUCAUCACACAGCUGCACGACAGCCUCCUUCCCGUGCAAAAGUGGAUGCACGAGUGGGCCAAGGGCCUGACUAUGCUGUGGGGUAGGGGCUUGUUCUAUGUCUUCCAAGGAACACUCUGCACAUUGUGUUCCAGCUUGCUCAGCUUCGGCCUCAUCAUCGGGGUGUACAUGACAGUGAUGGGUGUGCUCUGCUUGCUGAUCCACUACAAGCGAUCGCGGGCGUUGACUCCGCAGCUCCCGACUUGGCCUCCGCCUCCGGCGCUGCUGCUGCGGAAGGGCUUGGCUGCUUCGGUGAUGGGAGCCCUCCUUCUGUUGCUGUGGAUAGCGCGCUCUCCUGGCAAGAAUUUGAUGGAAGAUCCCGAAAUGCUGGCAUGGGUCACCCAGGAGCAACAAAAGAGGCGGACGAAGCUGUUGGAUCUGAUUAAGCAGAUCCCCCUAGAGCACCUAGUCAAGGCGGUUCCAGCCUUGAAGCCGCUGACGGAUGGAAUGCCCAAAGAGCUUCAGCUGACGGAUGUCGAAGUGAAGGACCAGGUGAAGCAGACUGACGAGCCAGUGAAAUUCAAAAUCACGGCCAGCUCGGUCUCCGAGGCCGCCGAGGAGUUGGCCAAGGCCCAGCCGGGCGCCUCCGGCAGCGACGCAGCGCUGGGCUUCGGCUGCGCGGCCGCGCUGAGCAGCUGCGAGCUGCGCUACGGGGCCUGGAAGGCGCAACAGGUCACGGGGGAGCUGCAACAGGUGGAGUGUGACAAUCUGCAACAGCGCGUUGCCGAAGCAGAGGAGUUCCUGGAGAUUCUUCGCGCACGGCUGCCCUUUGCGAGCUGUUCGCGGCUGCGGGAACUCUUCGCGGAGCCCUUGUGGCGCGCUGAACGGCUGAUCCAACGCAGACGGAUGGAGCAGUGGAGGUGUGUUGCUGGGUUGCUCUGGCGCUUCAAAAGCACCUUGCCCUUUGUUGCUCUUUCAUCCCUGCUGUCAAUGGUUCUAGGCGCCUUCUCGGCCAUGCGCUACCACUACCAAGCCGCCGUGAUCAACUUGGCCAAGGAUGCGGUGGUCUCCUCGAAGACUUCAAUGCCGACCCGGCCCGGCUCAAUUGAGGAGACGGUGGGUGCUAUGGUGGUCAGCGAGAUGAUCGUGCAGCUGGCGGAGUUUGCCCGUGGACGGCUGACCCUGCGGGGGAAGACCAAGGUGGUGCAGGAGCUGAAAGUGGCUCUUUUUGGUGCACUGCUGCGACAAGAUUUGGAGUACCUGGAGCAGUGUGACCUUUGGCAACUGCGAUCUCUGAUUGGCAGCUGCGGAACGACCAUCUCUCAGGUGGUGGACUUCCCAGCCACCUUGGUGGAGGCCUCGGUGCGUCUGCUGACGGCGGUGCUGACGCUGGGGCGGAUCAACGGGCGCCUGGCCGGGGUCCUGGCGCUCAUGCUGCCCAGUCGCUUCGUGCUGCAGCGACUGCUGCAGCAUCUGGAGGAGCGCCUGGAGCUGCGUUCGUCGCUGCCGGAUUUCAAGGGACAGAUCAACAGCUGUUGGAGCAGCUUGGUGCGGCCCGCCUCCCUGCGCACCAUGCGCGCCUUCGCCCGAGAGCCUCUGGAGCUGGGGACCUUCACGCGCUUCCUGGCGGUGCAUGAAGAGUUACAGCAGCGGAAGAUGCUGAUCUUCCGAUUGAUGCAACCUUUUCAGAAUUUGCUGGAACACGCCCUGGAAAUUGUGACCCUUUGGUACGGUGGACGCCUGGCCUUGCGUGGACAGAUGGAUUUCGGGGAGCUCUCCUCGGCAGUUCUGGUGGCCCAGAACGCCUUCGAUGGAGCGAGGUUUGCGCAGGCAGCUGCUGCCAACGUCUCCAAGCAAGCUCUCGGACCCAUGGCGCAGAUGGCCCAACUGCUAUCCAGGCGUCCCAAGAUUGGUUUGGAUCGGCCACCCUUGGGCUCCAUGCCUAAGGCUGGGGAGGUGAAGUGGAGCUUGGAGUUUCGCAAGGUGAAUUUCUCCUAUCAGCAGCGGGGGGUGGAGAUUUUGAAGGAUUUGAGCUUCCAGGUGCACCAGGGAGAAUUCUUGGGCAUUUUGGGAACAACUGGAUCUGGAAAAUCCACGAUUCUGUCACUGAUUCUUCGGCUCUAUGAGCCAAGCAGCGGCCAAAUCCUGCUCGAUGGGAAGGACAUCAAGGAGUACAAUCCCUUGUGGUUGCGCCACCACAUUGGCUUUGUCAGUCAGGACUUGGUCUUAUGCAACCGCACCAUCCGCGAGAACCUGCUCUACGGCUGCGGCUCCUUUGACGGCACAGCCCUCGAGCCGAGUGACGCCUGCGCACGCAGGGCGCUCCGGGUCGCACAAUGUGAGGACACCUUCUUCAACGCCGAAGCCUUCCCCAACCUUUGGCACACCGACGUGGGCAACAGCGGCAGCGAUCUGAGCGGCGGCGAGAAGCAGCGCCUGGCGGUGGCACGGGCCGUGGUGAAGCAACCGCGGCUGCUGAUUUUGGACGAAGCAACGUCGGCAUUGGACGAGAUCUCGCAGGCGCGACUGCAAGAUGAAAUCGAGAAACUGCGCCAACAGCAAGGCCUCACGGUGAUCUGCGUGGCCCAUCGUCUUUCCAACUUGGCGCGUGCUGAUCGACUGCUGGUCCUCCAAGAAGGGCAGCUGGUGGAGGAGGGAUCCCCGGCUGAGCUCGCAGCGCAGGAUGGCGUCUUUGCAGAAUAUGCGCGUGCGCAUCAGGCGGUGUUGGAUGGAAGCUGA